CUCAGCAGCAGCUAGCUAGCCAGACCUCCCUCCAUCUCCCUGUAAUAAAAUCUCCAUUACAAAACAUCAAUAUGGUCUCCCAAGUUCAUGCAGUAUUACUCAUGUUAUCUCUUUCCAUCCUCGUGUUUUCUCAAUCUUUUUUACCAGCAAAUGCAGCAAAGAACUUAGUUCCAGACGUCUGCAGGGAAACAAUAAGCUAUGCCGGCUGCAUGCAUGCGUUCCAGUCUGAUCCCCGAGCCAAAACAGCAUCCAACUUCAUGGAUCUUGCGAAAAUUGCAUUGGAAUUGGGUCUGAAAAAUGCGAUAGAUAGCAAAGCUUAUAUUGAUGGUUUGCUCGAGAAAAACCAUGCUGCACCCAUUAAGAAGUGCUCCUUUUGGUACGAAGCAGUGGUGGGAUCGUUCCAAAGUGCGCUAAGUGAGUUAAAGGAGGAUGCUUUGACCGCAAAUUACGACGUGAAAAUCGCCGGCGAUGAUGCUGCUAGCUGUGAAAACGAGUUGGCUUCCGGUGGGGUUAAAGUUCCGUCGAUUUCGGCAAGAAACAACGACGUAGCAUUAUACAGUAAUAUUGGGGAUGUGAUCACAAAUAAGCUUUGAGUUUUUUUUCUUCUUUUUGGAAUAAGAUCAGAAAUUAGUGUCAUUUUCUUAGGAAAAUUUCCAUUUUAUAAACUUCAUAUCACAGAG